CAGCACCACUGCUGACCUCAUUGUCUCUUUGUGAAGGGAAAAUCCAGAGUUGCAUUCUGUGAAAUGGCAAAUGGUCAACCAGCUGCGAGCAGAGCGCAUCUCUGUCUCUAACCUAACACAGGCCUACAGAUGAGCGCUGAAGAGCCCAGUGCCACACUCUCCUCUGGACAACAUAACAUACAAGGAAAACAUGAAUCUUGAUGGAGAUAUAUUAUCUGUGAUUGAGAAUCCUGUGGCUGUCAGUCAUCCUUUUCACCCAGAGAAGACAGGAGUGGGGGGGCCCCAAGGAGCUCAGAGUCAGAGCUGCCAUGCCUGGCUGAGAGGAAUCCAUUCUACAAACCACGUGUCAGCCCAUAGACUGGUGAGAGUACUGGUUGCUGUGUGUGCAGUAGGACUUCUGGGAGGCUUAGCAGUCGGAGUGUGGUUCCUAGUCAGGUUGUUGUUGCGGCCUACCUCUUCCCAGAGUCCAGCAGGGCUAGGGGACACCAAGGAGACGUCUUUCUGUAAUGUGACCGAGGACAUCUCGGUGGCUGACCCCAGGAAAGUGUUUUACAGAAUCAGCCCAGAGAACUCUCUCCUGGAGAUCCAGCUAGAGAAGGUGCCCACCUGGCUGCCUGUGUGCUAUGAGAGAUGGAACUCUUCCCUGGGGACCCUGGUCUGCCGCCAGCUGGGAUAUCUAAGGCUAGUCAACUGAGACCAUUUUCUUACCAUAAAGCCCACAGCAGCUUGCCAACAUAAAAGGCUAUUCACCUAACCAUAAGGCUGAUUGCUCCCAGUUA